AUAGUAACUUGGCUGAAAAUGCCUGCUAGCAAAAGGCCAUUGCUGAUAAUGUCAUAUUUCGAGCAACCUGACGCUAUCGUACACUUCAAAAAUGAUGAGGAAGUUUCGAAAGAGUUAGAAAUGGUUGAGUCAAUAUUGGAUUAUCUUUUCAAAACAUUGCAUAGUAUGAAAUUAUUAAAUUGUAUCAAUAUUAUCGUACUCUCCGAUCAUGGUAUGCAAAAGAUUGAUCGUCGUAUUUAUUUGGAUAAAAUGAUUAAUAAUGAGAAUAUUUUAUUUGCUGAUGGUGUUGUCGGACAAAUAUAUUUCACUAAUGAAACAAAUUUCACACUUCAAAAUAAAAUAAAGAAAACAAUGGAGGAACUUAAAUGUCGCAAUAAUGAAUACUAUCGAAUAUAUGAUAAGCGACAGCUUCCAAAACGAUAUCAUUUCAGUAAGUCAAAUCGAAUUGGUGAUAUCAUUUUGGAUGGACAAUUGGGUACAAUCUUUCAUGAAAAUUAUGCCGCAGAUUAUCAUAAAACUCAUGAUCAUGGUUAUGAUUUCCUAGAAGAACCAAUGCAUGCAAUCUUUUAUGCAUAUGGUCCUAAUAUUGCACGAGGCCUAGUUUUGAAACCAUUUCAAAAUAUCGAAUUAUUCAACCUAAUGAUAGGUUUAAAUGAAAAACCUUGUUUAUAUGGUCUAUCAUCGUUGAUUUCUGGUAGCAAUGAAAUGUGCUACCUGUCUAAUUGUUUCAAUAAUUCGCAAUCAGCUGUAAUUCAACGUUCAAAUUCAAUUUUUCCAAUUGCUUUAAUUGAACGUAUUAAUUCUAAUUUUUCUUCUCUGCGAUCACAACAGAAAAAUGAAUCUGUAAAAUGGAUUACAACUAGUUUAAGUAUAAAAGGCACAUAUGAUUUGAAUGUUAACCUUUAUAGUGAUUUUGUCAGUGGGUAUUUUGCAACGUUGGAAAAGAUAGCAGUUGAUUAUGCGAAAUUUUAUAAUGAAGUAGUGAUUAUAAGUGGACCAAUUUAUGAUUUCGACGAUGAUGAAUUUUCCACUGAUUCGUCCAGAAUAACAUUUGAAUCGAAUUUACAACGUAAUACAACACCGAGUCAUAUAUUUCGUGUAAUAUUUCGUUGUAAAAAUUCGAAUUGGUUGAAUAGCGAAUUACGAUGUGAAAAUGCGAAAUCAUUAGAUGCAUUGGCAUUUAUUUUACCAAAUGUACCUGUUGAUUACAAUUGUUUGAAUGCAUCGUCCUAUUUAAAUGCAAAUAAGGCUAGGCUACGUGAUAUUGAAUUGCUGACAGGAUUGGAAUUUUUACCAACUUCAUCGAUCUCAGAAACUGAACUUUAUGAUGAUGAAUUCUCAAUAACAUUACGAACAAUGAUAUCGGAAUAUUUAUGGUUGGAAAAAGAAUUUCAACGAUAA